AUGGCAUUCGAGGAAACACCUCAUAGCACGAAGCGCUCCGGCUCACGAACACGAACACCACGGCCUACUACACCGUUGCGUCCCUCAUCACGCUCAUCGUUUCGUGAUUCAGCGCGAACCGUAGGGGAUGGUGACGCGCCGUUUCCGCUCAACGCGUUUGAGCCAGCACUCGCCGAGCUUUCGGAUGCGAUGACAGAUCUGGAAGCCAACAUGAUGCAUUUUCAGCUCAUGCAUGAGAGUCUCGCACGCUUCAGCGAGUCCUUUGCAAGCUUUUUAUACGGGCUCAACAUGAACGCGUUCUGUGUGGAUUUCCCGGAGGCACCUAUUCUUGAGUCGUUCCGACGCAGCCAACAGCAAGACACUCGGCUGCCCGAGACGCACAAUGCAGAGACUGACCCAGAAGUCACGUUUAUGUCAGAUUCACCAUCAACCGACAGACAACGCUGUUGUCUAUCCGUUCUGCAGCUUAUGGAACACGACCUGUCCAUCAAGGACAUCGCCAAUCGCGCUUGCCGGCCGCACGCGGAAGCUCAGCUCGAGGGCGAGCGACAACUCGUGCGUCAGGUAAACUGA